AUGUUAAAUCUAGCGGCUUGUAUUCUAUGGAACAUUUGGAAAUCGAGGAAUGAUUUGAUUUUUAAUAACAUUCAUGUCUCAACUUCUCAAUGCAUCCAAAGAGCUCUUCAAGACUUUAAGUUAUUUGAUCUUCACCAGGCGUAUAAUUACUGCUCCAAUAUUCAGAUCAAUCAUUCCAAUGCAGUUUUACGGGAAUUUCCUCCUGCUUCGGUUAUUAAAAUAAAUGUUGAUGCUGCCUUUAACAAUGGAAACGCUUCAGCAGCUGCAGUGGCUAUCGAUUCCUUCGGAAAUCACCCGGGAAGUGGUUCUUAUUGCUUCAAUUGCAUCUCGUCUACGGUUGCAGAGGCAAAGGCUUAUGGACUGGGUAUACAACUGGCUGGAAGACUUCAGGUCACCAAAAUCAUAGUAGAAGGAGAUGCUACAGAAAUUCCUAAAGCUAUUCAAGGUAGUGUGAAUGGAAUACCUUGGAAUAUAAGAUCAACAAUUCUCAACAUCAGAGAUCGCGUUAAGAACUUCAGUGAAGUUAGUUUCACGGCAGUUUCUAGAGACGCUAAUUCUAUUGCGCAUGAUUUAGCUCAAUGUGCAAUUUCAAAUAAUGUAAACAGAUGA